AGCGCUCCGCUUCGCUUUCUGUACCCAGGCGGACCGGAGGAACCCAGAGCCCACGUACGCACGUAUUAGUACGAUCACACACUCACAGACACGCUGCAGACACUGACACACCUGUCUCCUCUGCGUCUCGGCGGUGUCGGACUUCAUCGGCAGCCAGCGGCGGGAUGCCUACUGAUGUGAGCUAGGCAGCGGAGGACGAGCCCCAUGCACACUAUGCGUCUGCAGAACUUUCCAGCCACGCAAAUAUAAGAGAUUCAGAUCGACAUGGGGAGCCGCUCCAGCAAAGACCGGAUAACCUCCAACACGCAGUCUUCUCUCCUGAACCAGGCAGAGGACCCUGAACCUACCAUACUGGACAACAACAGGUACGUUGUGAUUUCUCUGUACAACUAUCCCUCUGGAGGACCGUCAGACUGCACCAUUCGAGUGGGAGAAAGGCUCAACGUUCUAUCAGAUGAUGGCGACUGGUGGAGGGUUAGCUCCUCGGCAACAGGCAAAGAAUGCUACAUCCCUUGCAGCUAUACCGCUAAGGUGUUCCACGGGUGGCAGUUUGAGGGCAUCAGCAGGGAUAAGGCAGAGGAGCUCCUGUUGCUGCCCCACAACCAGGCUGGAUCCUUCCUGAUCCGCGAGAGCCAAACUUGUAGCGGUGCCCACUGUCUGUCCAUACGGAGGAGCACCACCUCUGCCAGGGGCUCCGUCAAACACUACCGUAUCCACCAGCUGCAGAAUGGCUGGUUCUACAUCUCACCCAGGCUCACCUUUGCAUCGUUGUCCAACUUGGUGGACCACUACUCUGAGGUGGCCGACGGACUCUGCUGUUUGCUUAGGGAGCCGUGCUUCAUCCAAGGCUCCAACAAUGUCCCUGUGUCGAGUGGCCCACUCCCAAUGGCUGUCCGCAAGCCCACACUCAACUGGAAGGACGUGAACAGGUCCAUGAUUUUCAGCAGUGACAAAAUGGACACAGAGGAGCCCCUGGUCAGUGAGGGGCUACGGGAAGCCAUCAACUCAUACCUAUUCAUGACAGACGAACUGAACUGUGAGGAUGAAUGGAAUUCCUGACCAUGGACACAAACACAGCUCCUCCAGGAGAGGGUGCUGUUUAAAACCACACAGAGACAGUGACGAGAGUAGGGAUGUGUCAAGAGGGAUUUUAGUCUAAAAAGUGCCCAUUCUCUUCAGAGGUGACACGCUUUUGACUCCUUUAGAGUUACAUGUUUUAACUGAGCUUAUUCAUGAG